UCCAGAGCGACACUGUAACACAGACUGGAUCCUUCAGGCUGACUCUAACCUGACCGCAGAUGAGCAGCUGAACCUGACUCUGCCCCGGGAGGAGGAUGGGACCUUCAGCAGGUGUCGGAUGUUUGUCCCUGUGGACUGGGACAUUGGUGCCAUCAGGGAGUAUGGACUCAAUGAGACCACAGGGUGCCAAAAUGGAUGGGUGUACAGCAACACUGUAUGCGGCCACUGAUAUAAGUGAUGAGUGUAGACAAGCCAAGACAUUUACCUUCAUGAAACAUUUCAUGGAACAUUUUUAAAUAAAAAAAAAAAAGUUUGAUCUAGUUUGCGACAAGGCUAAAUUGGUGAAAGUGAUACAAGCAGUGCUCAUGGCUGGCAUUCUUAUUGGUUACCGGAUAUUUGGACCUUUUGCUGAAUUUUAAGUGUAUUUCAUGCACAUUACAGCUUGCACGUACUACAAACAAAGUGUAAAAAAAAGAUGGGGGGCAACCUCACGGUAACAACAAGAUUUCAGGAAGUCACUGCACCCAGCCAAGAAAUUGUCCACCAUAUUACCCAUGGAUGUAUUAAGGAGAACUGGAUACCAUGGUCAAAGAUGGCACCCCAUUCAUUCCUAUGAGAGUUGCUCACUGGAAAAUAAAGCAUGCCCACUAGAGCCCUUCUGUCAUUUCAGCAAAAUUGACAGUUGCUGGCCUCCUUCACCUCUGUCUGAAAUCAAGGACCCCUUGUUUCAAACAUUUCUAAGAAUUUUGAGUGGAAAAUCUGCAGUUGUUAUCAUUGUAAACUGCACACGUGCUGUGUGAGAAUGGAAAGUUUGACGUGUAGCAACAAUACGUAAGGGUUUCCAGGCUUAGCAGUUUUUUUUAUCCAAUCGUACCAUAGAUCUUAUCAGAUGCUUUGGGACUACAAAGGCAGCAGAACUGAUUAAAGUCACAGGCAUAAUGACAAAUUGAUUGCAAUAUUAUAAGUUAAGUAAACUGAAGUUUUAUAUGAUUUCAAGUCAUUCAUUGAAAUAAAAUGUACAGAAACAGGUACUAUAGGUAUUUGUAGUAGUUAAUGUUCUAAACAUUCAAAACUUUAAAUCUUUUACUGCAGUUGUUUUACAUGAGUGGCCAUUUUGAUGUAAUGUACUACAAAUUUUAUAUUUUCCUAAUUUCAGCCAGUGACUGGAUCGAGUGUCCAAACAAUCAUGGGGAGCAUGUGGGCUCAGCUAUUUAGUGCAACUGGACAGUGUGUCCUAACUGGUGGGAUCUACGCCAUCAGAGAUUGGAGGCUGGUUCUACUAAUCUCAGUAGCUCCAUUUGGCAUGGUUGUUAUCAUAUGAUGUGCAUUGUCUUUUUAAUUGCCUUUUAUUGUUUUAUUUGUUUAUUGUUUUAUUUGCAGCAAUUAUUUUAUUAACCUACUGGGGUGUUCAGUGUCUUGACACAUUUGGCAAUAGGUCCUGAAAGGUUAAAACAAUCACAAGUAUAUUUAGUAUAUUUUUCCAGUGUGUGUUCAAACCAACUUUGCGAGUUAGCAAAUGAGCUAUUUGCGCCAAAAAGGUUGGGAACCACUGACUUCACAUCACAACAACAGACCAAAAAGCAGCUGUAAUAAGAGCUAGAAAUGUAAUUAAGAGCCAUACGUACAUGAUAAAGUGGUGUACGCAUGAAGAUUUUCUAUUUAUGCUUUCACAUUUUUAUACUGCUUUAAUUGUCAAUAAUUGAGUUGUCAAGUUAUCAGUGAUUUUCGAUAAUGCUCUUAGACAGUGUGUGCUAAUAAGAGCACAAUGUGAGGAUGCUAUAUAUCCCGGUACUAGAAGUUGAUCCCCUCAUGACUUCAAUUAACCACCAUGUGGGACCUUCUCUCAUCUUUCCUGUUUAGAGUAGGGCACACUUUGUAUUACAUUUAAAUGUAUUCAUUUGGCAGACAGUUUUGUCCAAAGCAAUGUACAAAUGAGAACAAUCCAAGCCAGCCAACUACAACAAACAAGUAACGUGAUGUUCUCUAGAUAUCUUAACUUAUUUACCAGAAGAUAAUCUGUCUUAUAAAUACGGUUUCAAGUGAAAACUAAAUGCGUCGGUUUGCUCCAACCGAGGUGCUUCGGAUGGGUGAACAGCAUCUGAAAUGCUCCCCCCACACCUGACAUCAGAAUUGAGGGCGCUGAAUCUAAAACGGCAAUCCAACAAGCACACACACAACACGCAGUAAUUAGCCUGGUGUUCUGAGCUCAAGCUCUCUUUAGUUCUUUAUAUCUGGCACGUUUUGUGUGUACAACCUAGCCACGGUACCCUGAAAAAAGAUCUUUCCACUAACCGCCCAAUCGGGGUGUAGUAGGCACCCAGUGUUUUACAUUCUGACGCAUUUUUCAAUGAUAAUGUUCUGAUUUUUUUCUUCAUGUCACUUUUUUCAGUGACAGUUUUUUUUUUUUUUUUACGCUGUAAGUUGUUUGUCAGUGUCACUGGUUUUCAGUUUCAACUUUCUGUCACCUUUAUGCCCACUUCAAGUUGAGCUUACUUCUUUCUUAAAGGUGUAUGACCCUACGAGGGCACUCUGUCUUUCAUCUGUUCCUCAUGUAUUUUAAUUAGCUGCUACGCCCCAAAAAACUUUGAAGGAAAUAUUAACUUUGAAGAAUAAGAUAUGCAGAAUUUGCAUAAACAAUGGUAUAAAAGUAUAACUAUGUAAUGGUAUAAAAAAUAUUUUUGCAAAUGAUAGUUCACAACAUUAAAUUGAUACAUUUUUUUUUUUUUUUUUGUGCAGUGGUGGUAAUUGUUCAUCAAAUCAUUAAACAAACAAAUGGGUUAAAACAGUAUUUUUUGUCCUCUUGUCCAGCUCACCAGCUAUUUAAAAGACAUAUGAUGGCAAAUGCAUGAUUGAUCAAUGUAAAUCUAGCUGGGUAUUUUUUAUUUAUUUUUUUUAUCAAAAUGUUGCUGAAUGUCAUUUCACCACAGAGUACUAGUGAGCUGAGGUGUCUGCACACCUAAAAGUGUUAUUUGACCAACAGUCAUGAAUAUCUGGAUGAAUAUGCCCUCUGUGGACAGCAGGGUACGUUUCUCAUCUAUAAAGAAGAUAAAUCUCCAUUACCAGCACAAUCACACAUUGAAGUUACUGCCUUUUGCAGUGCAUACCUGCCUGUGGGCUGCAACUAUAAAUUUACUGCACAUAAAUGAAUGAGUGUACAAUUUGUCAAUGUCAGUAUUUGACAAUCAUCUUCAUGAAUCAUCUUACUGUUAUGUUGUCAAAAUGAUAUAGACAAGCUCAGAAGUAUAUGUAAAUGACUGUCAAUGAGGCAAAUGUAACCACAAGCAAUUUCUCAGUUUGGACACAUUUUUAUGAUUAACUUGCUUGACAACACAACACCAACAGUAUCUGCUUUAUUCUCUUGGAAAGAGCCUUUCAACUCCUAGAACUGAUUUCCCUUUAAGUAGCUUCAAAGAGAGCAUUACAUUGUAACUCAAGCUUUGAUGACUUUUAUCAUUUUUACUUCAAAUUUUAAUAAAAAAAUGAUGUGGUGAAAACUUUCAAAACACAUGGCUAUGUGAAAACCUUUUGACCUUUUUUUAAACCCUAUUGAGAAAAUACAAAAUUAACAGUUGUCAAGAUCAAGACAGCCUGUUUUUUUCAGGCUCAUAAGAAUUCAACAUUUUUGAAAAAGGUUAAUGCCUGUUUAUAUUUUUCCAGAUAUGUUGCACCCAAAACAUAGCAAAUUUAAUUCAUAAGCAUCAGAAUUCAGGAUAUGUAGGAUAAUUUGAGAGAAACAUUUCAACCCCAAAUUAAUUGUCAUUUAAAGUGGACAUUGUAGAAAUUUGCUAGCAAGGAGUCAAACAUAACAAUCUGGACUCUAGUCCAAGUGAGAAUAAAAGACACAUUCGAUAAACAUUCUUCAAAAUGCACCAUAGCCUUCAGUCAAUAAUAAAGUUUUAGUGUACCAGUUGUGUAAAAUAAUCAGUCAUCGGUUUACUAAAAUAUAAUUUUGUUAUGUUAAACAUUAAUGGAUGUUGUUUAAAUCUGUGGUGCAGUCUUUUUAAACCAACACAAAGAAGAUAAUUGACAUCAACAUGGCUGAUUUUGGAGAGAUCCUCAGGAACAUUGGAGAAUUUGGAUUAUUCCAGCAGCUCACUCUGAUUGCACUUUGCUCUCCAAAUUUCAUUCAGUCUUUUGUCUUCGCAAGCUUUAUUUUUAUCCAGUCAGAUCCAGAGCGACACUGUAACACAGACUGGAUCCUUCAGGCUGACUCUAACCUGACCACAGAUGAGCAGCUGAACCUGACUUUGCCCCGGGAGGAGGAUGGGACCUUCAGCAGGUGUCGGAUGUUUGUCCCUGUGGACUGGGACAUUGGUGCCAUCAGGGAGUACGCACUCAAUGAGACCACAGGGUGCCAGAAUGGAUGGGUGUACAGCAACAUGCUGUAUGAGGCCACCAUAGUCACUGAUUUUGAUCUUGUUUGUGACAAGGCUAAAUUGGUGGAAGUGAUACAAGCAAUGUUCAUGGCUGGUAUUCUUGUCGGUUCUCUCAUAUUCGGACCUUGUGCUGAAUCGUUUAUUCCAGAGUCAGCCAGAUGGUUGUUAAACAGAGGAAGGACAGAAGAGGCUAAACAGUUAAUUGUCAAGGCAGCAGCCAUCAACAAACGCACUGUUCCAGACUCUCUUCUGGACAAUAUUGCUGUGAAAGAUGUUGGGAACAAAGGAGGCAUUAAAGUUAUUUUCAGAUCGCCUGUACUGACCAAAUAUUUCUUCCUCAUAACAUUGGCAUGGUUUUCAGUGAACCUUUCCCUCCACUGCCUGUACUUCAAUAUGGGAAACUUAGGCUUGAACAUCUUCGUGACACAGUUCUUGUUUGGUGCUAUUGAAAUACCAGCUCAUAUACUUUGCAUGUGGCUGUUGGAGGUUUUUGGGAGAAAACUAUUACUUGGAACAACACUUUUGACUGCAGGACUCUGUUGCAUGCUUAUCCUAGCUGUUCCUCAAGGACAUGCCACUGCUGUUACAUCCUUAGCCGUCAUAUCACGUUUUUUCCUGGUCUGGGCUAGUUCUAUAUGUAAUGUUUUUGUUCAGGAGUUGUUUCCAACGUCUGUUAGACAAACAGCCACAGCUUUAGGAGCAAUGUCAGGAAGAACAGGUGGAUUACUGGCUCCACUGCUCAACAUGUUGGCCAUGUACCACUGGGUCAUACCCAUCACAGUCUUCAGCAGCCUUACACUGGUCAGUGGAGCUCUCAGCUUCCUGCUUCCUGAGACCAGGAGAAAAGAGCUUCCUGAGUCAGCCGACGAGGCUGAGAACAACAGAAACGGGACCUCCACAAACACAGACAGUUGGUCAAAUGCAACCAAGCUGUAAACAUGUGUUUAAAAUACAGAAAGCAUUUACUGCACACUUAACAUCAUAUGAACAGACCAAACGCAUUCCCACCCUUUGCUUUUGUUUCCUUAUGAUACUUAUUUUAUCAUUAACUGAGUUGUCAUGAAGCUCUCAAUUGUUGGGCACACUUUGUAUAUAAACAUGAUAAAAUAAAAUGUUUACAAUAAAAUCAUAAAGAUCUGGCAUUAAAAAUUACUCUGAAUAUAUGAAUAAAAUUUGGUAUAUCUCAUAUAAUAUCAUAUCUAACAUAUAAUAUGUUAAUUAGCGAGCUUUAGAGGUGCUGGUAGGUGGAUUUUGUUAACUUUAACUUUGGCCAGAGCCAGGCUACCUGUUUGCCCCUGCUUCCAGUCUUUAUGUUAAAAUAAGCUAAGCAGCUGCUGCUGGUAGCUCCAUAUUUAGCGUACAGAUACGAGAGUGCUGCUGCAAAUCCACCAUGUUACAAAUAAUGACUAACAGGUAGAGACAGGAUGAAAAAGAAGCAUCUUACAUCAAUAUUCUAGUGGGUAUUACUGUGCGAUCGCUGUGUCACACACUUUUUAAUUGGCUUGAUGAACUGCCAGAGUACAUGGAGUAGCACAGCAGACCGCAGUUUUAACUUUUGACUGUCUGAUUGAUCAGGGAAAAUCCCCACACUCGCUUGCUGAGGUGCAUACGUGUUACCAUAGUUACCAAAUGAUUUACACAUGUGAUGUUAUACAUGGCUUAUACAGAAUGAUUAUAAGAUCACUUUUGAACAGAUCGUGAUCAGCUGAUGUAUUUAAUGGUAGUUAGUAGUAGCUUGUGAAAUAAUGUUGAAAAUCAUAUAUCUACUAUCAAAAAAUACUGUGAUUGGUCCGUUUGCUUUUUCACACCACAAAUCGCACUAACUGGGCAUCAAACAAAACUGCCUCAGUGCUCAAAGUUGUAAUUUUAUUACAGAUUAAUCAUUAAUCAGAAUACAGACUUUUAUAUCAUAAUAUUUAGUUUUAAUUUCUAGAAUGUAUACAGACAUUUUAGUCAAAUAAGACAUUAUAGUUAUGACUCUUGAUUCUUUUAUUCUA